AUGGCCGAUCCUAUCUCUGCGAUUGGAUUGGUCGCGAGUGUUGCUCAACUAAUCGAUGCGACGAUUAAAGUCGUCCAAUACAGCAACGGUAUCAAGAAUGCCUCUAAAGAUCAAGCAAGACUUGCAGUGGAGGCAAGCAGCCUCUUAUCGCUGCUUAUGUCGCUACGAUAUGAUCUUGAAAACAUGAAGACAGAAGAGGACCCUUGGUUUGCGGGGAUCCGAUCUAUAGCGGCCCACAAGGGCCCGUUGGAGCAAUUCAGCGAGAUGAUGGAAGAGCUUGCUGCAAAGCUCCUCCGGCCAGCGACGGGAGUGAAGCGACUAGCAAGCAAACUUCUCUGGCCACUCGAGAAGAAGGAGCUUGACGAAGUCCUUGAAAGAACGGAAAGAAUCAAGACGAUGAUAGCUCUUGCUUAUGAAAGAGAUGAUUUUGCGCUAUCGCUUGCCAUCAAGGUAGAUCUCAAUGAUGUAUCAGACCGAGUAGAUGGAGUCAAGAAACUUCUUCAAGGUCAGCAAUCCCAAGUAUCAAAUCAGGAGAGGAACGAAAUCAUAUCCUGGCUAUCUCCGUUGACUUAUGGCACUCAACAUAGUGAUAUAUCCCAACGACACCAAGAAGGCACAGGGAAGUGGCUACUCGAGUCUAAUGCAUUCAAAGAAUGGCAAAAUAAGAGCAGGAAACUUUUAUGGUGUCCGGGGAUGCCUGGGGCAGGGAAGACGACUCUGGCUUCGUUCAUCAAUAGCGAAAUACAGCGAACCGCUACUAGAACUCCGGGCAUUGGGCUCGCUUAUGCUUACUGCAACUACAAGCACGAGAAUGAGACUGCCCUUAACAUUAUGGGAAAUCUUCUACAACAACUCCUGCAUUCAAUGGACAUACUACCAGGACUUGUGAGAGACCUUCACAGCUCUCAUCUUAGAACUGGCACGAGACCAAAGCAGAAAGAAAUCACUAGUUGCCUUGCGGAGGUGAUUGGUAUGUUCUCUGAAGUCUUCAUUGUCAUCGAUGCCUUUGAUGAGUACGACGAAGGCGAUGGUGUACGAGAUGUCCUAGGCAACGCGCUUCUGGACCUGGUUUCAUUGCCAAAUUCUCAUGUCUUGGUCACAUCUCGCUGGCUAAACAGCAUUCAGAGCCUAUUCCAAGGUUGCAUCUGGAUUGAGAUCCGCGCAACGGACCAAGAUGUUUCCAAUUACCUUGAGAAAAGGAUGGAGAGUUCGUUGCGCCUCCAACGGCUCAUUAAAAGUAACGAUCCGCUAAAAACGCAGAUCAUAAGCACGCUCGUUGACAAAAGCGAAGGAAUGUGA